UAUUACAAAUUAUCGAAUGGAUGAUGACGAUAAGAAUCGUUAUGUUCAACUUAAAAGGGAUAUUGAAGAAUUACAAAAUAAGUUAAAGUGUUACGUCACAACAUUAAAAGGAGAUUUUGAGAUCGAUUUCAAGGAGGUUAAUAAUCUUAUGGGAAAGUAUAAUAUUAAAACUAAAAUUACAUCCAACCAGCCAAACAAACCGUUAAUUAGAGGAGUUUUACAGCAUCAUAUAAAAACGAUAACAAAGGAUAUUAGAAAAUACUUCAAAGAAAAUUUAAAUGAACAUUCGAUAAUACAUUUAGAAAAAGAGAUUGCAACAACGGCAAAAGAUUUAGAAAAUAAAUUAGCUUAUUUCUUUAAAACUCGAAAUGGAGAUGACACAAUAACUCAGCCAGCUUCAAUAAAAGUACGACAAGACGUCAAUAUCGCUCUUGGUAAUCGAGGAUUUUCAGAUGUCUUGUCAAAUGGAAACUAUACAUCACAUGUUUACAUUAUUAUGAAAACAACCGAAUUAAAUAGAGAAAUGAAUAAAUAUCGUAUAAUAAAAGAUGUAAACAAAAAAAAUAAUGUUGAGAAAUUGGCGCCAUAUUUAAUUCGAGAAUUUAUUAGAAUAUUUCAAUUUCGCUUAAAGGUUCAAGAACCUAGUGCUCAAAUGAGAUGGAUCAAAACAGAAUCUAGUAUUGACCCAAGCAUUAUGGGAGGAAAUUGGGAUGAAGAUGACCUUGAUAACUUAGAAGUUGAAAUUUGUUCUUUUCCAAUGAUUGGUUGUGAUUUGGAUGAUGUAUUCACAAAAAGGAAAAAAUUCAUUACAAAAGGAAUAGACUAUUUGACGUCCAAAAAAGCUAAGGUAUAUUUAGAACUGGAAUCGGACCACGAUUCAUACAAUGGAGAAGAUUAGAU